GCGUGGCCUGGGAGGCACCGGCGCCUUUCUAAGGAGCGGAAGGGGCGGGGCCUAAGGAAGCGCUUCCGGGCGAGCGGGCUGAGGCGCCGGGCGGUGAGUGGGGGAGACUUGGGGGGCGAAGAGGGGAGGGAAGGGAACCCUCCGGGUCAUCCAGCCUGACCCCCAGGUAAGGGGGGAGAGGGGAGCAUAGAGACGGGAGGGCCGGAAGCCUAGAAGGGUCGGGCCCAGAAGAGAAGGAAGGGGCCUCUCUAGGACAUCGAGGGGGUUAUAAGAGGACUAAAGAGGGUGGAGGGACCUCUCCGGGUCAUCCAGCCUGACCCCCUGGCCGCGGGGGGGGAGGGGAGCAUAGCGCCGGGAGGCUUGGAGUCCUAGAAGGGUCGGGUCCAGACGGGAAGGCCCGAGGGGGUACUGGGGGUCAUAGAGAGGAAGGGCCUCUCUAGGUCCUCCAGGCGGGAUUUAGGGAGCAUAGAGGGAAGGAGCCCUGGGGACCAUAGAGAGGGAAGGGAACCCUCGGGGUCAUCCAGCCUGACCCCCUGGCCGAGGGUGGGGAGAGGAGCAUAGAGACGGGAGGCCUGGGGUCCUAGAAGGGUCGGGCCCAGAAGGGAAGGCCCGAGUGUAAUGAGGGGAGUAAUGGGGGACCAUAGAGAGGGAAGGGAGCCCUUGGGGACCAUAGAGAGGGAAGGGACCCCUCCAGGUCAUCCAGCCUGACCCCUGGCCGAGGAGGGAGGGAGGCAUAGAGACGGGAGGCCUGGAGUCCUAGAAGGUCGGGCCCAGAAGGGAAGGCCCGAGGGGGUAAUGGGGGGGUCAUAGAGAGGGAAGGGGCCUCUCUAGGUCCUCCAGGCGGGAUUUAGGGGAGCAUAGAGAGGGAAGGGAGCCCUUGGGGACCAUAGAGAGGGAAGGGAACCCUCGGGGUCAUCCAGCCUGACCCCCUGGCCGAGGGUGGGGAGAGGAGCAUAGAGACGGGAGGCCUGGGGUCCUAGAAGGGUCGGGCCCAGAAGGGAAGGCCCGAGUGUAAUGAGGGGAGUAAUGGGGGACCAUAGAGAGGGAAGGAGCCCUUGGGGACCAUAGAGAGGGAAGGGAACCCUCGGGGUCAUCCAGCCUGACCCCCUGGCCGAGGGUGGGGAGGGGAGCAUAGAGACGGGAGGCCUGGAGUCCUAGAAGGGUCGGGCCCAGAAGGGAAGGCCCGAGGGGGUAAUGGGGGGGUCAUAGAGAGGGAAGGGGCCUCUCUAGGUCCUCCAGGCGGGAUUUAGGGGAGCAUAGAGAGGGAAGGGAGCCCUUGGGGACCAUAGAGAGGAAAGGGAACCCUCGGGGUCAUCCAGCCUGACCCCCUUGGCCGAGGGUGGGGAGGGGAGCAUAGAGACGGGAGGGCCGGAAGCCUAGAAGGGUCGGUUAAUGGGGGGAUCAUAGAGAGGGGAGGGGGCCUCUCUGGGUCCUCCAGGCGCGUAUUAUGGGAGAAGGGAGAGGGAAGGGAGCCCUUGGGGACCAUAGAGAGGGAAGGGAACCCUCCGGGUCAUCCAGCCUGACCCCCUUGCAAGGUACCAUAGAGAGGAAAGGAACCCCUUGAGGACCAUAGAUAGGGAAGGGGCCUCUCUAGGUCCUCCAGGCGGUUCUGAGGGGACAAUAGAGGCGGUAGGCCCGGAAUCCUAGAAGGGUCGGGCCCAGUAGAGAAGGCCCGAGGGGAAUGAGGGGUCAUAGAGAGGGAAGGGGCCUCUCUAGGUCCUCCAGGCGAGUGUUAGGGAAGCAUAGAGAGGGAAGGGAACCCUCCGGGUCAUCUAGCCUGACCCCCUGGCCGAGGGUGGGGAGAGGAGCAUAGAGACGGGAGGCCUGGAGUCCUAGAAGGGUCGGGCCCAGAAGGGAAGGCCCGAGGGGAAUGAGGGGUCAUAGAGAGGGAAGGGGGGGGCCUCUCUGGGUCCUCCAGGCGAGUGUUAGGGGAGCAUAGAGAGGGAAGGGACCACUCCGGGUCAUCCAGCCGGACCCCCUGGUAAUGGGUUAAUGGGGAACAUAGAGAGGAAGGGGCCUCUCUAGGUCCUCCAGGCGGGUGUUAGGGGAUCAUAGAGAGGAAAGGGACUCCUCCAGGUCAUCCAGCCUGACCCCGUGCCAGGGGCGAUGAGGGAAGCAUAGAGCGGACCGGGGCCUCUCUUGGUCCUCCAGGCGGGUGUUAGGGGAUCAUAGAGAGGGAAGGGAACCCUCCGGGUCAUCUAGCCUGACCCCCUUGCAAGGGAAUAUUGGAGGACCGUAGAUACGGGAGGCACAGAAUCCUAGAAGGGAACCCCCCGGGUCAUCCAGUCAGACCCACUUGCAAGGGAUCAUAGAGAGGGAAGGGACCCCUCCAGGUCAUCCAGCCCGACCCCUUGCAGGGGGCUAUGAGGGAAGCGUAGAGAGGAAAGGGGCCUCUCUAGGUCCUCCAGGCGGGUGUUAGGGGAUCAUAGAGAGCAAAGGGACCCCUCGGGGUCAUCCAGCCUGACCCCCUUGCAAGGGAAUAUUGGAGGACCAUAGACACGGGAGGCACAGAAUCCUAGAGGGUCAUGCAGCCAGACCCCCCUGGCAAGGGAAUAUUAGGGGAUCAUAGAGUGGGAAGGGGCCUCUCUACGACAUCCAGGAGCUUAUGAGGGGAUCAUAGAGAGGGAAGGGACUCCUCCGGGUCAUCCAGCCUGACCCCCUGGCGAAGGGUGAGGAGGGGAGCAUAGAGACGGGAGGCCUGGGAUCCUAGAAGGGUCAGGCCAGAAGGGAAUUGCUGAGGGUCUGGCAAGGGGUUAUGGGGGGUCAUAGAGAGGGAAGGGGCCUCUCUCGGUCCUCCAGGCGCGUAUUAUGGGAUAAUGGAGAGGGAAGGGACCCCUCCCGGUCAUCCAGCCUGACCCCCUUGCAAGGGACCAUAGAGAGGGAAGGGUCGAGGCCAGAAGGAAAGCCUCAGGGUCAUCCAGCCUGACCCCCUGGCAAGGGGAUAAUUGGGGAUCAUAGAGAUGGAAGGCACAGAAUCCUAGAAGGCUCGAGCCAGAAGGGAACCCUCCAGGUCAUCCAGCCUGACCCCCUUGGAAGGGGUUAGACCAUAGAGAUGGAGGGCCCAGAAUCCUAGAAGGGGCCUCUCUAGGUCCUCCAGGUGGUUGUUGGGGAUCAUAGAGAGGGAAGGGAACCCUCCCGGUCAUCCAGCCUGACCCCCUUGGAAGGGAAUAUUAGAGGACCAUGGACACAACAGGUGCAGAAUCCUAGAAGGGCCGAGCCAGAAGGGAAGCCCCGAGGGACUGGGGAUCAUAGAGAGAGAAGGGACUUCUCUAGGGGAUCAGAGAGAGGGAAGGGACCCCUCCAGGACAUCCAGCCUGACCCGCUUGCAAAGGGUUAUGAGGCGACCACAGAGACAGAUUCCGCAGCAUCCUAGAAGGCUUGAGCCAGAAGGGACCCCUCUAGGACAUCCAGCCUGACCCCCUUGCAAGACCAUAGAGAGGGAAGGGUCCCCUUCAGGUCAUCCAGCCUGACCCGCUUGGAAGGGAAUAUUAGAGGACCACGGACACAGGAGGCACAGAAUCCUAGAAGGGUCGAGCCAGAAGGGAACCCUUUAGGACAUCCAGCCUGACCCCCUUGCAAGGAACCAUAGAGAGGGAAGGGGCCUCUCUAGGACAUUCAGGCGGUUAUGGGGGGACCAUAGAGAAGGAAGGGAACCCUCUAGUACAUCCAGCCUGACUCCCUUGACAAGGGACCAUAGAGAGGAAGGGGCCUCUCUAGGUCAUCCAGGCGGUUAUGAGGGACCAUAGAGCGGGAGAGGACCCCUCUAGGACAUCCAGGCAGUUAUGAGGGGACCAUAGAGAGGGAACGACCUCUCUAGGACAUACAGGCAGUUAUGAGGGAAUCAGAGAGAGGAAGGGAGUCCUCCAGGUCAUCCAGCCAGACCCCAUUGCAAGGGACCAUAGGGAGGGAAGGGACUUCUCUAGGUCCUCCAGGCGCUUAUUAGGGGAUCGUAGAGAGGGAAGGUCCAGAUUCCUAGAAGGCUCGAGCCAGAAGGGACCCCUCCCGGUCAUCCAGCCUGACCCCCUUGCAAGAGACCAUAGAGGCAGAAGGCUCAGAAUCCUAGAAGGCUCGAGCCAGAAGGGACCCCUCCCGGUCAUCCAGCCUGACCCCCUUGCAAGGGAGACCAUAGAGGCAGAAGGCUCAGAAUCCUAGAAGGCUCGAGGCCAGAGCAGGGCACCCUCCUGGUCAUCCCGCCUGACCCCCUUUAAGGUGUUAGACCAUAGAGAUGGAGGGCCCAGAAUCCUAGAAGGGGCCUCUCUAGGUCCUCCAGGUGGUUGUUGGGGAUCAUAGAGAGGGAAGGGAACCCUCCCGGUCAUCCAGCCUGACCCCCUUGGCAGAGGUUAGACCGUAGAGAGGGAAGGCGCAGUUAUUUGGGGACCAUAGAGAGGGAAUGCCCAGCAUCCUAGAAGGCUCGAGCCAGAAGGGAACCCUGCAGGUCAUCCAGCCUGACCUCUUUGCAAGGGAUCAUAGAGAGGAAGGAAUUGCUAUAGGUCCUCCAGGCGCUUAUGAGGGGAUCAUAGGGAGGGAAGGGUUCUCUCUAGGACAUCCAGGCGGUUAUUGGGGGAUCAUAGAGAGGGAAGAGACCCCUGCAGGUCAUCCAGCCUGACCCCCUCCAACGCAGGGAUCUAGAACAUCGGAUCUAGACAGGAACUUCCUGGGUCAUCCAGCCUGGGUCAUCCAGCCUGACCCCCUGGCAAGGGACCAUAGAGACGGAAGGCCCAGAAUCCUAGAAGGGAUCAGAGAGAGGAAGGGGGUCCUCCAGGUCAUCCAGCCUGACCCCCUUUGCAAGGGAUUAUGAGGUGACCAUAGAGACGGAAGGCCCAGAAUCCUAGAAGGCUCGAGCCAGAAGGGACCCUCCAGGUCAUCCAGCCUGACCCCCUGGCAAGGGACCAUAGAGACGGAAGGCUCUGAAUCCUAGAAGGCUCGAGCCAGAAGGGGCCCUCCAGGUCAUCCAGCCUGACCCCCUGGCAAGGGACCAUAGAGACGGAAGGCCGAGAAUCCUAGAAGGCUCGAGCCAGAAGGGACCCCUCCAGGUCAUCCAGCCUGACCCCCUGGCAAGGGACCAUAGAGAGGGAAGGGAAUCCUCCAGGUCAUCCAGCCUGACCCCCUGGCAAGGGACCAUAGAGAGGGAAGGGACCCCUCCAGGUCAUCCAGCCUGACCCCGUGGCAAGGGAUUAUGAGGCGACCAUAGAAGCGGAAGGCCCAGAAUCCUAGAAGGCUCGAGCCAGAAGGGACCCCUCCAGGUCAUCCAGCCUGACCACCUGGCAAGGGAUCAUAGAGAGGGAAGGAAUCCUCCAGGUCAUCCAGCCUGACCCCUGGCAAGGACUUAUUAGGGAAUCAUAGAGACUUGAAGGCACAAAGUCCAAGAAGGGCUCAGCCAGAAGGGAACCCUCCAGGUCAUCCAGCACGUUAUGAGGGGAUCAUAGAGAGGGAGGGGACCUCUCUAGAUCCUCCCGGUCGUUAUGAGGGGAUCAUAGAGAGGGGAGGUCCAGAUUCCUAGAAGGCUUGAGCCAGAAGGGACCCCUCCCGGUCAUCCAGCCUGACCUCCUCGCAAGGGAUCAUAGAGAGGGAAGGAACCCCUGGCAAGGGAUCAUAGAGAGGGAAGGGACCUCUCUAGGUCCUCCAGGCCAUCAUUCGGCGACCAUAGAGACCAAAUUCUCAAAAGCCUAGAAGGCUCGAGCCAGACGGUUCCCCCUCCCGGUCCUCCAGCCUGACCCCGGAACUACAACUCCCUUCCAGGGCGUCCGGAUCCUGCAAGGGAUCAUAGAGAGGCAAGGGACCUCUCUAGGUCCUCCAAGGCGGUUAUGAGGGGAUCAUAGAGAGGGAAGGGACCCCUCCAGGUCAUCCAGCCUGACCCCGAUACUACAACUCCCUUCCAGGGCGCCGCUUCACCCCAUGGCAGCCUCCGGAUCCCUUUUAAUAAUAAUAAUAGUAGUAGAAAUAAUAAUAUUAUUAGUAUUAAUAUACCUGCCCCGCAAACUAUUACCCCCUACCCGGCCGCCGCUUCCCCCCACAAUUCACCCCUGGCGGCCUCCGGAUCCCUUUUAAGAAGAAGAAGAAUAGUAGUAGUAGUAGUAGCAGCAGCAGUAGUAGUAAUAGUAGUAAUAAUAGUAAUAAUAUACCUGACCCGAAACUAUUACUCCCUUCCAGGGCGCCGCUUCCCCCCACAAUUCACCCCCUGGCGGCCUCCGGAUCCCUUUUAAGAAGAAGAAGAAUAGUAGUAGUAGUAGUAGCAGCAGCAGUAGUAGUAGUAAUAGUAGUAAUAAUAGUAAUAAUAUACCUGACCCCGAAACUAUUACUCCCUUCCAGGGCGCCGCUUCCCCCCGCAAUUCACCCCCUGGCGGCCUCCGGAUCCCUUUUAAGAAUAAUAAUAGUAGUAGUAGUAGUAGUAAUAGUAAUAAUGUACCUGACCCCGGAACUAUUACUCCCUUCCAGGGCGCCGCUUCCCCCCACAGUUCACCCCAUGGCGGCGGCCGGAUCCCUUUUAAGAAUAAUAAUAAUAGUAGUAGUAGUAGUAGUGGUGGUGGUAGUAGUAGUAGUAGUAGUAGUAAUAGUAGUAAUAAUAGUAAUAAUAUACCUGACCCCGAAACUAUUACUCCCUUCCAGGGCGCCGCUUCCCCCCGCAAUUCACCCCCUGGCGGCCUCCGGAUCCCUUUUAAGAAUAAUAAUAGUAGUAGUAGUAGUAAUAGUAAUAAUGUACCUGACCCCGGAACUAUUACUCCCUUCCAGGGCGCCCCCGGAUCCUGCCCCCCAUGGCAGCCCCCGGAUCCUGCACCCCGCCCUGCUCCCUGGAGGCCCCGCUUCCCGGCUUCCCCAAGGCGAUCCUGCAGGCCGAGGUGCAAGGCAAGUACCUCUGCUCCGAGUGCGAGGAUCUGCUGCGGAGGCCCUUCCAGGCCCAGUGCGGCCACCGCUACUGCGCCUACUGCCUGAAGAAGCUGGUGGGGUGAGUAUUUUUUGGGGGGGGGUCCGGGACCGGGGAUACCAAAGUAAUAAUUGCAGUUGUUGUUGUAGUAGUAGUAGUAAUAGUAGUAGUAGUAGUACAAAAGUAAUAAUAAUUGUUGUUGUUGUUGUACCAAAGUAAUAGUAGUAAUGAGGAGGAGGAGGAGGAGAGUAAUAGUAGUAGUAGUAGUAACAACAACAAUAGGAAGAGGAGGAGGAGGAGUAACAACAACAAGAACAACAAGAAGAACAACAACAAUAGUAAGGAGGAGGAGGAGGAUAGUAGUAGUAGUAACAACAACAACAACAAGAGGAGGAGGAGUAACAACAAGAACAACAACAAGUACAACAACAAUAGUAAGGAGGAGGAGGAGGAUAGUAGUAGUAGUAACAACAACAACAACAACAAUAGGAAGAAGAGGAGGAGUAACAACAAGAACAACAACAAGUACAACAACACUAGUAAGGAGGAGGAGGAGGAUAGUAGUAGUAGUAGUAGUAGUAACAACAACAACAACAACAAAACAAUAGGAAGAGGCGGAGGAGGAGGAGGAACAAUAGUAUUAAUAUUAAUAAUAAGAAGAGUAGUAGUAACAACAGAAGAAGAAGAGUAAUAGUAGUAGUAACAACAACAACAGAAGAGGAGGAGGUUGAUAGUAGUAGUAGUAGUAACAACAACAACAACAACAAAACAAUAGGAAGAGGCGGAGGAGGAGGAGGAACAAUAGUAUUAAUAUUAAUAAUAAGAAGAGUAGUAGUAACAACAGAAGAAGAAGAGUAAUAGUAGUAGUAGUAGUAACAACAACAACAACAGAAGAGGAGGAGGAGGAGGAGGAUAAGGAUAGUAAUAGUAGUAGUAGUAACAACAACAACAAGAGGAGGAGGAGUAACAACAACAACAACAAUAAGAAGAGUAGUACUAGUAACAACAACAAAACAAGAGUAGUAGUAGUAGUAGUAGUAGUAACAACAACAAAACAACAACAAUAGUAAUAAUAAUACUAAGAAGAAAAGUAAUAGUCGUAGUAGUAGUAGUAGUAGUAGUAAUAAUAAUAAUAGACCGGACUGUAUCAAGCGGGAGAAAACACCGUCUGAACAGGAGAGAUUUUCGUGUGUGUGUCAAUCAGCCCGGCCUGGGAUCCAUAAUACUACUACUACUACUACUACUAAUAAGCUUUCCUCUCUCUCCCCGCAGCUCGGGGCCGCUGCCCUGCGCCGCCUGCCUCCGGGAAGGGCUGUACGAAGAGGGCGUCUCCAUCUUGGACAGCGGCACGGUGAGCGGAAUAUUAUUAUUAUUAUUAUUAUUAUUAUUAUUAUUAUUAUUAUUAUAUCUCUCGCCGCUUCUCUUCCAGGCUUCAUUAUUAUUACUAUUAUUAUUAUUAUUACUAUUAUUAUUAUUAUUAUUCUCUCUCGCCGCUUCUCUUCCAGGCCUCAUUAUUAUUACUAUUAUUAUUAUUAUUAUUAUUAUUAUUCUCUCUCGCCGCUUCUCUUCCAGGCUUCAUUAUUAUUACUAUUAUUAUUAUUACUAUUAUUAUUAUUAUUAUUAUGUAUAUAUUAUUAUUACUCUCUGCUGCUUCUCUUCCAGGCUUCAUUAUUAUUAUUAUUAUUACUAUUAUUAUUAUUAUUAUUAUUCUCUCUCGCCGCUUCUCUUCCAGGCUUCAUUAUUAUUAGUAUUAUUAUUAUUAUUAUUAUUAAUAUUAUUAUUAUUAUUAUUCUCUCUCGCCGCUUCUCUUCCAGGCUUCAUUAUUAUUAUUAUUAUUACUAUUAUUAUUAUUAUUAUUAUUCUCUCUCGCUGCUUCUCUUCCAGGCUUUAUUAUUAUUAUUAUUAUUACUAUUAUUAUUAUUACUGUUAUUUUUAUUAUUAUUAUUACUAUUAUUAAUAUUAUUACUAUUAUUAUUAUUAUUCUCUCUCGCCGCUUCUCUUCCAGGCUUCAUUAUUAUUAUUAUUAUUACUAUUAUUAUUAUUAUUUCUACUACUACGGCUAUUACUAUUAUUACUAUUAUUACUAUUAUUAUUAUUAUUAUUAUUAUUACUAUUAUUACUAUUAUUAUUUCUGAUUAAUUUCUUCCGCCAGGCUUUCCCCGAUAACGCCGCCCGGCGCGAGGUGGAAAGUCUCCCGGCCGCCUGCCUCCGCAAGGACUGUCCCUGGAAAGGUACCGUCAAGGAGUAUGAGGUGAGUACUUGGCUUCUGGGCGACGGGUUCGAAUCCCGGCUCAUUACUCUCUCUUGAUGGCUGGAAAAAUCUAGUCUGACCCCCUUCUUCUUCUUGUUGUUGUUACUGUAGUAGUAGUACUAUUGGUGGGGAGGGUGGUAUUAUCAGUAUUAUUGUUAGUAGUAGUAAUUAGUAGUAGUAGUAGUAGUAGUAGCAGUACUAUUAUGUAUGAUGUUAGCCACUCUGAGCCCGGCUUUGGCCGGGGAGGGUGGUAUUAUCAGUAUUAUUGUUAGUAGUAGUAAUUAGUAGUAGUAGUAGUAGUACUAUUAUGUAUGAUGUUAGCCACUCUGAGCCCGGCUUUGGCCGGGGAGGGUGGUAUUAUCAGUAUUAUUGUUAGUAGUAGUAAUUAGUAGUAGUAGUAGUAGUAGUAGUACUAUUAUGUAUGAUGUUAGCCACUCUGAGCCCGGCUUUGGCCGGGGAGGGUGGUAUUAUCAUUAUUAUUGUUAGUAGUAGUAAUUAGUAGUAGUAGUAGUAGUAGUAGUACUAUUAUGUAUGAUGUUAGCCACUCUGAGCCCGGCUUUGGCCGGGGAGGGUGGUAUUAUCAGUAUUAUUGUUAGUAGUAGUAAGUAGUAGUAGUAGUAGUUAGUAGUAGUAGUAGUAGUAGUAAUAUUUAUACCCUCUGAUAAUAAUAAUAAUAAUAAUACCCUCUGAGCCCGGCUUUCGGCUUAUUAUUAUCAGUACUAUGAGUACUAUUAUGUAUGAGUCUGGCUUUGGCCGGGGAGGAUGGUGGUGGUGGUAGUAGUAGUAGUAGUACCAUUAGUACCAUUAGUACUAUUGUGUAUUGUUAGCCGCUCUGAGCCUGGCUUUGGCCUGGGAGGGUGGUAUUAUCAGUAGUAGUAGUAGUAGUAGUAGGUAGUAGUAGUAGUAGUAGUAGUAAUAAUAUUUAUAUCCUCUGAUGAUAAUAAUAAUAAUGUCCUCUGAGCCCGGCUUUCGGCUUAUUAUUAUCAGUACUAUUAGUACUAUUAUGUAUGAGUCUGGCUUUGGCCGGGGAGGUGGUGGUGGUGGUGGUAGUAGUAGUAGGUACCAUUAGUACCAUUAGUACUAUUGUGUAUUGUUAGCCGCUCUGAGCCUGGCUUUGGCCUGGGAGGGUGGUAUUAUCAGUAGUAGUAGUAGUAGUAGCACUAUUAUCUAUGAUGUUAGAUGCUCUGAGCCCGGCUUUGGCUGCCGAGGUAGGUAUUAUCAGUAGUAGCAGUAUUAAUAGUAGUAUUGGUACUAUUAUGUAUGGUGUUAGCCGCUCUGAGCCCGGCUUUGGCGGGGAGGUGUGUAUUAUUAGUAGUAGUAGUAGUAUUAGAACUAUUAGUACCAUUAGUACUAUUAUGUAUUGUUCUGAGCCCAGCUUUGACAGUGGAGGGUGGUAUUGUCAGUAUUAGUACUACUACUAGUAGUAGUAAUACCGCUCUGAGCCCAGCUUUGGCUGUGGAGGGUGAUAUUAGUAGUAGUGGUAGUAGUAGUAGUAGUACUAUUAUGUAUGAUGUUAGCCACUCUGAGCCCGGCUUUGGCCAGGGAGGGUGGUAUUAUUAUCAGUACUAUUAGUACUAUUAUGCAGGAUGUUAGACUGUAGUAGUAGUAGUAGUAGUAUUAAGUAUGAUGCUAACCGCUCUGAGCCCAGCUUUGACUGCGGAGGGUGGUGGUGGUGGUAGUAGUAGUAGUUGUUGUUGUUUUAGUACUAUUGGUAUUAUUAUCUAUAAUGUUAGUCGCUCUGAGCCUGGUUUUGGCAAGGGAGGGUGGUAUUAUCAGUAGUAGUAGUAGUAGUUGUUGUUUUAGUACUAUUGGUAUUAUUAUCUAUGAUGUUAGCCGCUCUGAGCCUGGUUUUGGCAAGGGAGGGUGGUAUUAUCAGUAGUAGUAGUAGUAGUAGUUGUUGUUUUAGUACUAUUGGUAUUAUUAUCUAUGAUGUUAGCCGCUCUGAGCCUGGUUUUGGCAAGGGAGGGUGGUAUUAUCAGUAGUAGUAGUAGUAGUAGUAGUACUACUACUACUACUACUACUAUUGGUAUUAUUAUCUAUGAUGUUAGCCGCUCUGAGCCCGGCUUUGGCUGGGGAGGGUGGUGGUGGUGGUAGUAGUAGUAGUAGUAGUUGUUGUUUUAGUACUAUUGGUAUUAUUAUCUAUGAUGUUAGCCGCUCUGAGCCUGGUUUUGGCAAGGGAGGGUGGUAUUAUCAGUAGUAGUAGUAGUAGUAGUAGUAAAACCGCUCUGAGCCCGGCUUUGGCCGGGGAGCGUGGUCUUAUUAUUAUUAUUAUUAUUAUUACUGUUAGAACUAUUGGUACUAUUGGUACUAUUAUGUAUGAUGUUAGCUGCUCUGAGCCCGGCUUUGGCUGCGGAGGGUGGUAUUAUUAUUAUUAGUAGUAGUAGUAGUAUUAGAACUAUUAGUACCAUUAGUACUAUUAUGUAUUGUUAGCCGCUCUGAGCCCAGCUUUGACAGUGGAGGGUGGUAUUGUCAGUAUUAGUAGUAGUAGUAGUAGUAAUACCGCUCUGAGCCCGGCUUUGGCUGCGGAGGGUGGUAUUAGUAGUAGUGGUGGUAGUAGUAGUAGUAGUACUAUUAUGUAGGACGUUGCCGCGUCCAACGCAUUACUAAUUUCUGAUUCCGGAGUAAACCCCGAGUAACCAUCCUUGCUCUCCCCUAGGCUCACGAGGAGGCCUGUCCCAAGUUCCCCCUCACCUGCAACGGCUGCGGCAAGACGGACGUCCCGCGGGAAUCGGUGAGCCGCCCUCGCCCCGGGGUGGAGUAACGGUACUCCGGGGUCACGGUACUCCGGGGUCACCCAUCCCACCCUCUGACCUUCCUCCUCCUUUUCCGAUAGUUCGCCGAACACGUCCGGAGCUGCGGAAGGUUCCGGGUGCCGUGCCGCUUCCGGCCCGUCGGCUGCGGCGAGGUGGUGAGUGCGAGUUGCUACUCUGGGCCGGUUUGGGGGACGUUCCUGCGAUGAAUGAGUAUGAGAACGAGUAUGAUUCGUAUUAGUGUCAUUAUAGUAUAAUCAGUAUUAUUGCGAAGAUGGGGAUUAGUAUUAAUAAUAGUAUAAUAGUAGUAUAGUAGUAGUAUAGUAGUAUAGUAUAGUAGUGUGGUGGUGGUGGUAGUAGUAAUAAUAAUAAUAAUAAUAAUAAUAAUAAUAAUAAUAAUAUAAUAUAGUAUAGCAGUAUAGUAGUAGUGAUGGUGGUGGUAAUAAUAAUAAUAAUAAUAAUAAAUAAUAAUAUAGUAGAGCAGUAUAGUAGUAGUGAUGGUGGUGGUAAUAAUAAUAAUAAUAAUAAUAUAAUACAGUAUAGCAGUAUAGUAGUAGUGAUGGUGGUGGUAAUAAUAAUAAUAAUAAUAAUAAAUAAUAAUAUAGUAGAGGCAGUAUAGUAGUAGUGAUGGUGGUGGUAAUAAUAAUAAUAAUAAUUAUAAUAAUAAUAAUAACAAUCAUAUAAUACAUUAUAGCAGUAUAGUAGUAGUGAUGGUGGUGGUAGUAAUAAUAAUAAUAAUAAUAAUAAUAAUAAUAAUAAUAAAAUAUAUAGUAUAGCAGUAUAGUAGUAGUGAUGGUGGUGGUAAUAAUAAUAAUAAUAAUAAUAAUAAUAAUAUAAUACAGUAUAGCAGUAUAGUAGUAGUGAUGGUGGUGGUAGUAAUAAUAAUAAUAAUAAUAAUAAUAAUAAUAAUAAUAAUAAUAAAAUAUAUAGUAUAGCAGUAUAGUAGUAGUGAUGGUGGUGGUAGUAAUAAUAAUAAUAAUAAGAAGAAGAAGAAGAAGAAGUGUUACUAGGAGUAUUGGUAUGAUCAUUAUUAUUGUGAUGGUGAUGAGUAUCAAUAUAGCAAUAGUAUUAGCAAUAGUAGAAAUAAUAGGUAGUAGUAGUAUGGUUAGUAUUUGCACCAUUGGUAGUAUUGGUGACAUUCGUAGGAUUACUACUAGUAUUGGUAUUAGUAGUACAACGGCUUUGAUUAAUAUUGGUAGUAUUCGUCUAUUCGUAAUAUUGGUAGUAUUCAGUAGUAUUGGUAGAUUAAUUAUUAGUAGUAUUUAUCUCAUUAGUGUGAGUAGUACUGCUGUAAAUAUUAGUAGUAAUGGUAUUAGCAUUAGUAGUAUGUCUGCUUUGAUGGAUAUUAGUGUUAGCAUUAGUAGUAGUAUUCAUCUCAUUAGUGUGAGUAAUACCGCUGUGGUUAUUAGUAGUAAUGCUAUUAACAUUAGUAGUAUGGCUGCUUUGAUGGAUAUUAAUAUUAGUAUUAUUAGUAGUAUUGGUCUCAUUAGUGCUAGUGGUAUUGCUCUGCUUAUUACUAGUAGUAUUGGUAUUAGUAUGAUUGUGUUGAUUGAUAGUAGUAGCACAACUAAUGCUGCGAACACUACUAGCAUUAGUAGCAUGAUUGCUCUGAUUAAGAUCCAUAUUAGCAUUCUUAGUAGUAUUGGUCUCAUUGGUGUGAGUAGUAUUGCUACGAUUCCUAGUAGUAUUCGUAUUAGUUUUUGUAGUAUUGUUGCAUUGACUAAUAAUACCAAUCCUACUAAUAAUCAUAGCAAUACUAAAGAUAUGAAUGAGAAUAAUGAUCCCAAUACUACCAGCAAUACUAACAUCAAUACUACUACUACUACCCAAUACUACCACCAAUACUGACAUCAAUACUACUACUACCCAAUACUACCAGCAAUACUAACAUCAAUACUACUGCUACUACUACCCAAUACUACCAGCAAUACUAACAUCGAUACUACUACUACCCAAUACUACCAGCAAUACUAACAUCAAUACUACUGCUACUACUACCCAAUACUACCAGCAAUACUAACCUCAAUACUACUAUUACUACCCAAUACUACCAGCAAUACUAACAUCGAUACUACUACUGCCCAAUACUACCAGCAAUACUAACAUCAAUACUACUACUACUACUACUACCCAAUACUACCAGCAAUACCAACAUCAAUACUACUACUGCUACUACCCAAUGCCACCAGCAAUACUAACAUCAACACUACUACUGCUACUACACAACACUACCCGCAAUACUAACAUCAAUACUACUACUACACCCAAUACUACCAGCAAUACUAACAUCAAUACUACUACUGCCACUACUACCCAAUACUACCAGCAAUACUAACAUCAAUACUACUACUGCUACUACCCAAUACUACCAGCAAUACUAACAUCAACACUACUACUGCUACUACACAACACGACCCGCAAUACCAACAUCAAUACUAAUACUGCUACUACCCAAUACUACCAGCUACUGUUACUACUACCCAAUACUACCAGCAAUACUAACAUCAACACUACUACUGCUACUACACAAGACGACCCGCAAUACCAACAUCAAUACUACUAUCAAUCAACAUCAAUACUACUAUCAGUAUUACUGCAAAUACUCCUAAUAAUCACCGCAAUACUACUCACACUUACCAGUGAGUAGUAUACUGCUAACACUAACAGCAUUAAUACCCUGAUGCUUUUGAUUCAGACUCCUGUUUAUCGCUUUCUACUACUCAUAGUACUGCUUUGAGUAUUACUACUACUUCCUCCCCCGGUUUCACAGCUGGAGAACGAGGCCCUGCCCCUCCACGAGGCCCAGAACUUUCCGGAACAUCUCGGCCUACUCCUCAACUUCGCCCUCCGGCUGGCUGGGGGCCCCGAUUCGGACCCCCAUUUAUUCGGGGCCCCACAUUCGGCCCCAGACCCCCAUUUAUUCGGGGCCCCCGACCUGGUCCAAGACCCCCAAUUGGUCCAAGAGCCCCGUUUAUUGGGGGCCCCCCAUUCGGCCAAAGACCCCUGUUUGGUCCGAGACCCCCAUUUAUUCGGGGCCCCCGAUCUGGUCCAAGAGCCCCAUCUGAUCGGGGCCCCCAAUUCGGUUCAAGACCCCCAUUUGGCCCGAGACCCCCAUUUAUUGGGGGCCACACAUUCAGCCCAAGACCCCCAUCUGAUCGGGGCCCCCAAUUUGGCUCAAGACCCCCAUUUGGCCCGAGACCCCCAUUUAUUGGGGGCCACACAUUCAACCCCAGACCCCCAUUUCCUAGGGGCCCGAAAUUCAGCCAAGGAACCCCACUCACCCCCAGACCCCCGUUUACUCGGGGCCCCACAUCCGGUCAAGGAACCCCAUUCAGCCCCAGAUCCCCAUUUACUCGGGGCCCCCCAUCCAAUCAGGGGCCCCAAUUCAGCUCAAGACCCCCAUUUGGUCAAAGACCCCCGUUUCCUCGGGGCCCCGAAUCCGUCCCAAGCCCCCCAUCCCAUCCGGGGCCACAAUUCAGCCCCAGACCCCCAUUUCCUGGGGGCCCCACAUUCGGCCCCAGACCCCCAUCCAAUCAGGGGCCCCGAUUCAGCUCCAGACCCCCAUUUGGUCAAAGACCCCCGUUUCCUGGGGGCCCCGAAUCCGUCCCAAGCCCCCCAUCCCAUCCGGGGCCACAAUUCAGCCCCAGACCCCCAUUUCCCGGGGGCCCCACAUUCGGCCCCAGACCCCCAACCAAUCAGGGGCCCCGAUUUGGCCCCGGACCCCCAUGUCCUGGGGGCCCCAGCCCCCCAUCCUCUCGGGGCCCCUCAUUGGGCGGCCCUCGAACUCAAGGCCUCCACCCUAGAGAAGAUCGUCUGCGUCCUGAACCGGGAAGUGGAGCGCCUGGCGGCCGAAUCGGCGCAAGAGCGGCGCCGGGACGAGGAGCGCGCCGCAGCGCUGACCCACAAGGUUCGGGGCGCGGGUUCGGGGGGCGGGGGGUCCCGAUCCGGUUCACGCCCUGACACUCUGACCCCCGUCGGCGCGCCAAACCGGAGUCACUCUGCUUUCUGCAGAGUCACAAACAAAAAAACCCCCAAAACUGGAGUCAAUCCGGUUUGCCACGUUUCCCCUUUCCGGGAAACGAAGCCCCAAAGCGGAGUCAGCCUGGAGCCCCAAAGCGGAGUCAGUCGGAAGCCCCCAAGUGGAGUCAAAGUGGAGUUAGUCUGAUGCCCCAAAGUGGAGUCAGCCUGGAGCCCCAAAGCGGAGUCAGUCGGAAGCCCCCAAGUGGAGUCAAAGUGGAGUUAGUCUGAUGCCCCAAAGUGGAGUCAGCCUGGAGCCCCAAAGCGGAGUCAGUCGGAAGCCCCAAACUGGACUCAAUCUGGUUUGCUGCGUUUCCCUUUCCGGGAAACAGGCCCCAAACUGGAGUCAGUCUGGAGUCUCUCCGCUUUCUCCCCAUUUCCCCCGGUUUUCCAACCACUAAAGCCCAAACUGGACUCAAUCUGGUUUGCUGCAUUUCCCCUUUCCGGGAAACGAAGCCCCAAAGUGGAGUCAGUCUGAAGCCCCAAAGCGGAGUCAGUCGGAAGCCCCAAACUGGACUCAAUCUGGUUUGCUGCGUUUCCCCUUUCCGGGAAACGAAGCCCCUUAGUGGAGUCAGUCUGGAGUCACUCCGCUUUCAGCCCAUUUCCCCGUUUUCCAACCAAAAAAGCCCAAACUGGACUCAAUCUGGUUUGCUGUGUUUCCCCUUUCCGGGAAACAAAGCCCCAAAGUGGAGUCAGUCUGAAGCCCCAAACUGGACUCAAUCUGGUUUGCUGCGUUUCCCCUUUCUGGGAAACGAAGCCCCAAAGCGGAGUCAGUCGGAAGCCCCCAAGUGGAGUCAAAGUGGAGUCAGUCUGAUGCCGCAAAGUGGAGUCAGCCUGGAGCCCCAAAGCGGAGUCAGUCGGAAGCCCCAAACUGGACUCAAUCUGGUUUGCUGCGUUUCCCCUUUCCGGGAAACGAAGCCCCAAAGUGGAGUCAGUCUGGAGUCACUCCGCUUUCGCCCCAUUUCCCCCGUUUUUCCAACCAAAAAGCCCACACUGGACUCAAUCUGGUUUGCUGCGUUUCCCCUUUCCGGGAAACGAAGCCCCAAAGUGGAGUCAGACUGAAGCCCCAAAGCGGAGUCAGUCUGAAGCCCCAAACUGGACUCAAUCUGGAUAGCUGCAUUUCCCCUGUCCGGGAAACGAAGCCCCAAAGUGGAGUCAGUCUGGAGGCACUCCGCUUAGCCCCAUUUCCCCGUUUUCCAACCAAAAGCCCAAACUGGACUCAAUCUGGUUUGCUGCGUUUCCCCUUUCCGGAAACGAAGCCCCAAAGUGGAGUCAGUCUGGAGUCACUCCGCUUUCGCCCCAUUUCCCCGUUUUCCAACCAAAAAGCCCAAACUGGACUCAAUCUGGUUUGCUGCGUUUCCCCUUUCCGGGAAACGAAGCCCCAAAGUGGAGUCAGUCUGGAGUCACUCCGCUUUAGCCCCAUUUCCCCGUUUUCCAAGCCAAAGCCAAACUGGACUCAAUCUGGUUUGCUGCGUUUCCCCUUUCUGGGAAACGAAGCCCCAAAGUGGAGUCAGUCCGAAGCCCCAAAGCGGAGUCAGUCUGAAGCCCCAAACUGGACUCAAUCUGGUUUGCUGCGUUUCCCCUUUCCGGGAAACGAAGCCCCAAAGUGGAGUCAGUCUGGAGCCCCAAAGCGGAGUCAGUCUGAUUUCUGUUGUCUAUAAAGCUGAAGCCCCAAAGCGGAGUCAGUCUGAUGCCCCAAAGUGGAGUCAGUCUGGAGCUUCAAAGCGGAGUUAGUCUGGAGCCCCAAAGCGGAGUCAGUCUGGAGCCCCAAAGCGGAGUCAAGUCUGAUUUCCGGUGUCUAGAAAUAGGAAAGUUAGGUAUGCCCUUCGGCAUGCCAAACCGGAGUCACUCCGCUUUCAGCCCAUUUCCCCGUUUCCCCCGGAUCACAAAAAAACCCAAACUGGAGUCAAUCCGGUUUGCCGCGUUUCCCCUUUCCGGGAAACGAAGCCCCAAAGCAGAGUCAGUCUGGAGCCCCAAAGCGGAGUCAGUCCGAAACCCCAAAGAGGAGUCAGUCUGGAACCCCAAAGCGGAGUCAAGUCUGAUUUCCGGUGUCUAGAAAUAGGAAGGUUAGGUAGGCCCUUCGGUGCGCCAAACUGGAGACACUCCGCUUUCAGCCCAUUUCCCGUUUUCCCGGAUCUCAAACAAAAAAACCCCCAAACUGGAGUCAAUCCGGUUUGCCACGUUUCCCCUUUCCGGGAAAUGAAGCCCCAAAGCGGAGUCAGCCUGGAGCCCCCAAGCGGAGUCAGUCGGAAGCCCCCAAGUGGAGUCAAAGUGGAGUCAGUCUGAUGCCCCAAAGUGGAGUCAGCCUGGAGCCCCAAAGCGGAGUCAGUCGGAAGCCCCAAACUGGACUCAAUCUGGUUUGCUGCGUUUCCCCUUUCCGGGAAACGAAGCCCCAAAGUGGAGUCAGUCUGGAGUCACUCCGCUUUCGCCCCAUUUCCCCCGUUUUUCCAACCAAAAAAGCCCAAACUGGACUCAAUCUGGUUUGCUGCGUUUCCCCUUUCCGGGAAACGAAGCCCCAAAGUGGAGUCAGUCUGAAGCCCCAAAGCAGAGUCAGUCUGAAGCCCCAAACUGGACUCAAUCUGGUUUGCUGCGUUUCCCCUUUCCGGGAAACGAAGCCCCAAAGCGGAGUCAGCCUGGAGCCCCAAAGCGGAGUCAGUCCGAAACCCCAAAGAGGAGUCAGUCUGGAACCCCAAAGCGGAGUCAAGUCUGACUUCCGGUGUCUAGAAAUAGGAAGGUUAGGUAGGCCCUUCGGCGCGCCAAACCGGAGUCACUCCGCUUUCAGCCCAUUUCCCCGUUUUCCCUGGAUCUCAAACAAAGAAAAGCCCAAACUGGAGUCAUUCCGGUUAGCCGCGUUUCCCCUUUCCGGGAAAGGAAGGUCCAACGUGGAGUCAGUCUGGAGCCCCCAAGUGGAGUCAGUCGGAAGCCCCCAAGUGGAGUCAAAGUGGAGUCAGUCUGGAGCCCCAAAGUGGAGUCAGUCUGAAGCCCCAAACUGGACUCAAUCCGGUUUGCUGCGUUGCCCCUUCCUGGGAAAUGAAAUCCCAAAGUGGAGUCAAUCUGGAGUCACUCCGGUUUCACCCCAUUUCCCGGUUCCCGGAUUUCAAGCGAAAAACCCCAAACUAGAGUCAAUCUGGUUUGCCGCGUUUCCCUUUCUGGAAACGAUGGCCCAAACCGUCGUCUAAAAAGCUGAAACCCCAAAGUGGCGUCACUCCACUUUCACCAAAUUUCCCCAUUUCCCCCGGAUCUCAAACAAAGAAGAGCCCAAACUGGAGUCAGUCUGCUUUGACGCGUUUCCCCUUUCCGGGAAACGAAGGCCCAAAGCGGAGUCAAGUCUGAUUUCCGGCGUCUAGAAACGAAAGUUCGGUAGGCCCUUCGGCGCGCCAAACCGGAGUCGCUCCACUUUCAGCUCUUUCCCCCGGAUCUCAAAGAAAGAAAAGCCCAAACUGGAGUCAGUCUGCUUUGCCGCGUUUCCCCUUUCCGGGAAACGAAGGCCCAAAGCGGAGUCAAGUCUGAUUUCCGGCGUCUAGAAAGAGGAAAGUUCGGUAGGCCCUUCGGCGCGCCAAAGCGGAGUCGCUCCGCUUUCAGCUCUUUCCCCCGGAUCUCAAAGAAAUAAAAGACCAAAGUGGAGUCAGUCUGCUUUCACGCCUUUCCCCAUACCGGCAAACGAAGGCCCAAAGCGGAGUCACGUCUGAUUUCCGGCGUCUAGAAAUAGGAAAGUUCGGCAGGCCCUUUGGCGCGCCAAAGCGGAGUCGCUCCGCUUUCAGCUCUUUCCCCCGGAUCUCAAAGAAAGAAAAGCCCAAAGUGGAGUCAGUCUGCUUUGCCGCGUUUCCCCUUUCCGGGAAACGAAGGCCCAAAGCGGAGUCAAGUCUGAUUUCCGGCGUCUAGAAAUAGGAAAGUUCGGCAGGCCCUUCGGCGCGCCAAACCGGAGUCGCUCCACUUUCAGCUCUUUCCCCCGGAUCUCCAAGCCAAAAAAGGCCAAACUGGAGUCAAUCCGGUGUCCCUGACCCCCACACCCUGCCCCACAGAUCCAGAGCCUGGAGAGGAACCUGGCGCGGAAGGAGGCGGCGCUGGCGGAAGUGGAGUCGGCGCUUCGGCGCGCGGAAGAGGCGACUUACGACGGCGU